UGUUACUCCUGUCAGUAGAGUAUCAACAUCGGUCGGGCAUGGACGCGAAUGAAAUUCGCUAUUCGGUGUGACUAAUAGUGUAGAGUAGGCCUUUGUAAAUUAGCACAGCUGGAAUCUAGCUUGCUGCGAUUAUGCCUGAGAAAAAUGUAAAAAGCGCUCCAGUUAUUCAACAAAUGGCUAAAAUUCGAUUGCACAGUGAUUUGAAAUCAGUUGAGACCAAUAGAGGUGUCAAGUUGAUAUUUUCAACUAGUCAAUUUGGAACCCCCGUACACCAUUAGCAUCAAAAUGAAAAAAUCAUAUUACGACUGUGCUGUACAUCGAUAAGCGACAUACAAGAAGAAAAUACGCUUGAUAUCCAUUUAAAUGAAGAUUUCUUGAUCUCUCUUGAACUCUUUGAAGAAUCUCGGAGGUCAGAAUUCAUGUGAGAAAAAUUACCUCAUCGAAAAUAAAACCAAUUAUCGAUCCUUACACCGCUCAAGUGAGCUGUAGUUCAAGUGAAAAGGUUUUUUUCCUGUCUGCUACUUUGUAAUGUACAACAAUUGGUGUUUGAGCUACUUUAUUCCGAUGAAAAGUGCGCGGUUGAAAACCUUGGAAAAAAGGAAUUAUGAAAGUGAUUAGUUAAGUGAAAAAUAAUAUUUUUUUUUAAUUUUAUUUUAUUAUUAUUAUUAUUUUAUUUUGUUAAAAACACGGUCAACUGCAAGUGAAGAAAAUAAAUGCACGACUGAUUUCAGUACAGAACCAAUAUCGAACAGAAUAAUGAUAACUAAUACCUUUCUUACAAGAAGGAACUUCAUUAAUUUGUCGCUUUGUCGGUGCAUUUUACUGUAUACGUGAAGUAAGGAAAAUGUCAAAAUGAAAAUGCACGUCUGUCUAAAUGUAUUGGUGCGUCUAUCCGUACGCCGAAAGAUGCACAAAGCAAAACAGUGUGAAAACAAAGUCAUGUGCAGAACGUAAUAUUUACAACGAUAAACCAUCACCACAGCCACCCACCACCCACCGCCUACUGUUUCAUAGCAAGGAAGGCAACAUGCGUACAUAAUGUCAACAGUCAUCGCGAUUCCGCCAGUGCCAAAUUUCAUCAACGCAGUUUACAUGAAAAAAGAUCGGGAUAUAAUCAAAAUCGUUCGUGCUUUUGAUGACCACUGCUCAUAAAUUGUGUCACCUGUUUGUCAUAAAAACAUCGGUUUUGUCCAUGCAGUCGUAGCUAAAAUCACACAUUCAAGUGUGUCCAUUCAUAGCUUCAUCGUAUCAAUCAACGGCAUUGACACCCAUCAUUCAUCUGUCGAAUUCAGACAACCACAGCAGUGUAAUAUGGACGUGAGCGAAUUGGAGGAAUUAGCUUUACGCACAUCACCACCUCCACCUCCGCCUCCAUCAACGUCAACGUCCGAUCAUAACCUUAAAAAGAUGGGAGUCCCGGAUUCUCAAUCCGAUUUCAAUCAAUGGCUUCACGCUAUGAAGAUGGUGGCACGCCUUCCAGGUGGAAUGCCCCCAGAGUUUCGACGAAAGCUUUGGCUGGCAUUGUCUGAUAGAUAUCUCAAAUCUAAAGGCAUCAACUGGGAAGAGGAAGGCGCAAAAUAUUUGACUGAUCAAUGUGACGAGGAUGACGAAGAACUUGGAAUACAAAUUGUUAAAGACCUUCACCGUACCGGAUCCAGCAUAUGCUCUGGGCCUUCUGGAACAAUCAAUCAAGCCAAGCUAAAACGAGUCUUGCUGGGAUAUUCAAGGUUCAAUCCCGAAGUAGGCUAUUGCCAAGGUUUUAACAUGCUGGGAGCACUAAUACUACAAGUUAUGGACAAGAACGAAACCGAUUCUAUCAAGGUGAUGAUACUGUUGAUAGAAGGCCUUCUACCGGCUGAAUAUUUUUGUGGUUCGUUAGGAGGAUUGCAAGCCGACAUGGCUGUGUUUCGAGAUUUAUUAGGUACACGCCUACCCAAGCUCGCUCGUCAUCUGCAGAAAUUGCAGGGCCCCGAAGGUGCUUUCGAGCCACCUCUGACUAAUGUUUUUACGAUGCAAUGGUUCCUUACGCUGUUCUGCACUUGCUUACCCAUCAACUCUGUGCUGCGGAUCUGGGACCUGAUACUGAUCGAAGGCAGUGAUGUGCUGUUGCGAACCGCAUUGGCUAUCUGGGGCUUACUAGAAAGCCGUAUAUUAGUGACAAAAACAGCAGACGAUUUCUACUGUAAAAUGGGAGCGUUAUCAUCUGAACUUGUAAAUGGAAAUCUGAUCGACUGUAACGGCCUAAUACAGCGAAUCGUAGAUAUCGGUCCAAUAGAGAAUUUACAAAAAUUGCGAGAAAAACAUUUCAACAACAUUACCCAGCUCAAGGACUCCUCCAAUCUCAGAAUUUUUUACUCUGACGACGAAGGUGAAUCCGAUGAGGAUUCACGCUUAGCUGUUACUGCCACAGCGUGGGGAUUACGAUCUGGCAGAAGAGCCUCAUUAGGUAUACCCUCAAACCUAAAAGGUGGAAAUGAAGGAAAGGAAAAAAUCAACCUUGAUAUUUCACUGCUGAAGAAGCAAUAUGACAAACUGAGAGCACGACAACGACAGGCACAUAUCAUCUUGUCAGCGGCCGUGGCUAGACAACCAGCAUCAGGUCCACCAAAUAGCAAUUCAUUGCAGGUCAAUCAGCUACUGGUUGGCAAAAAUGCUAUUCUUAGCAAUAAAGGAAAGCGACUCGGACCACCACAAGGUGCAGUGCCUCCAAUACGCUUGCAGAAGUCUGGAAAAUCGUCGAAAUCAGGUGCUCCAAAGUCGCCCAAACCAACCGAAACUCUGCACUGGAAAGAUAUGGAUGAUAAACAGCGAAGAGGCAGCUUGAAGUGGAAGGACACAAAAAAGGAUAGCAAAGCGCCACUUGUAAAAGACGAUUCGGAGGUCCUGAAACCAGAUUCUCCAAAGCUCAAAAAAUCAUCAAGCGCAUCAUCAGCAAUCAGUAAUCUAUCCGAGACCGGAUCUUCAUCUAUCGGAGCAAAACGACGCAGUGAAUCGUCUUCAUAUAGCGAAGAAUCUGAUGCUGAUUCGAGCACCAGUACAUCACUUUGUGACGAUGAUAAUCAACUCCUCAGCGCAUCUUCUCUUGAGGCUUCGCCAAUGAAAAGACGCCUAACACCUGAUAGUAUCAAAGAAGUGCCUGAUGAAGAACAUUUGGUUGUGACCACUGAGGAUGCUGAUUAUUCAGAGUUUCCGGUUCUAACUGAUAAACCACGCAUUGACGCUACUCUACCGGACAUUGCUGAGGAAAGUCACUCUGAGACGCAAAGCAGUUCAAACGAUGCUAAGCCCACAGUUAGUACGCUAGAUAGCCAAAAUACAGAAGUAUUUGAAAGUUCCGUUAAAACCAAAAACGAACAAACAUUAGAUUUUAGUUCUUUGGAGAAUAGAUCUUUGUCAAUUGCUAUUACCAGUACUAGUCAACUAUCGCCGAUUCCCGAUAUCACCCACUACAUAAGCAUUUCAUCAAUUAGUCCGCUGAGAACUCCAUCAUCUAUUAUGGACUAUUCUGAUUACCUUAACAAUAUACCAAGCGAUAAUACAAUAACCGGUGAUAUUGUUGUGGUCGACCCCAAGGAUAAUGAAUCGUUUAAUGUGGAUGAAAAGGGAGUCACUAAUCAAUUAUUUGAAAGAAUCAAUGCUGCGGAAAGGCCUAACCAAUUAGACUUGAAUGUUAUCAAAGAACGAAAAGUUAGUGAAUCUUUAGUUAAUACCACGGAAAGUGUACUGGAUCACAGUGAUGCUACGUCAAAAUUAGAUAAUUAUAGCUUUACAAACGUUUCCAAUAGAUCUUCAAUGUCUUCAUCGUUCGUUUUAGAGUUACCGGUGAGAAGUAGUUUUCAACAUGAUUCCCCUCUCUUACCACCAAACACCGAUCUCUCGAUAAUUCCAUCGGAAAAGUCCCCAAUCAUUCAUAAACCACAUAAAUAUCAUAUUGCUGAAACUCCAUCGCCCAAAGAAUCUCCAGAGGAAGUAGACAAAUAUCUGGCCAGCCGUAUAAAGUUUUUAAAGGAGAAAUCGUUUUCCAUGGAUGAUCCAGUAAAAGGAGAAGAUGUAUACCUUGAAGACAUUUCGAAGCGGUCAGCAUCGGAAGGCCUCGUAUCAGCUGAAAUUAACUGUUAUAAAAGUAAUAAAAUGUCAGAAAUAAUAAUGGAAAAUUCAUUGAUUUUGGGUCGCAUAGUUAGAAAAACUAAUCAGCUGGAUGAAAGUCAAACAACAGAAUCACUACAACAGGAAGAGCAAUCUGUUGAGCUUUGUAAUGACUCCCCAAGCCCACGAUACGACGACGAAAUCAUCGAUCCCAAUUUAACUCUAGAAGUUAACGCGUUGUUAGAGAAAAUUAAGGCAAAAAGCAAAUCUGAAUUGUGCGUGGACCUCGAAGCUGAAGACAAUAAACAGUCUGCAGUGAUCGAUGACGAUAAAUCUACCCAACCUCCGAAAACUAAAUUAAGUGAUGUAGUUUCAGAAUUAAAUAACUCAAAAUCUGUUUAUGAUGCUCAAUUUGAUACCAACAUUACGCCCGAAUCAGAGCACGCAUCUCCCAAACCAAAAAGCAUAGUUUCCGAUAAUGAAAAUCUUGACAUAGUACCAAUGAAUUCCAGAGCAAUAUCAAAAACCGAUCUCGUGAUUCAACGCACAGAAGAGCAGCUGGCUCGUUUCAAAGAACCUGAACCAACGUUUUAUGUUAGAAAAGAUAACUUUAGAGAGAUAAUAACUCCUGAGGAGGAAAAAGACGUAUCAUCUACUAAAAUACCAGAAGACAUAACAAAAAACAUUACGUUGCAAGAAUUAGACACUUCGUCGCAAGAUAAAGCAGAAACUAAGCCUCACAAAGGAGAUACACAAAAGCAAAUAAAUAUCGGCAAUAACGUCGGAGAACGAUCCAAUUCAUCAGAGGAACUACUAAAACCAACGAUAAGCGUUGAUGCAACUUCUCCAUCUAAAACAGAUGAGCUAAUCAAGAAAACUGAAGAACAACUGGCAAGGUUUAGAACCGACAGAAAUGUCUUAGAAAAGCUGGAAAAACGCUUGUCACUAAUAGAUUUAAAACUGGAUGAAGUACCCAAUUCAAGUAUACCCGAAAGGAAACCCUCCAAUAAAACAGAAGAAGUUAUAAAGAAAUCGGAAGAACAAAUCACACGCAUAAAAAAUGAAACAGCAUUCAUUGUGAAGAAGUCUCCUACCAGAGUAGUGAUGGAUGAUUCAAUAGUCAUAGAAACAAAACCUGUUUGUUCGUCUAAGACUGAAGAAAUAAUUAAGAAAACGGAUGAGCAAUUGGCUAGAUUCAAAGCAGCAGCCGAGAGUAACGCUGAGAAACGAAAGAGCCGUCACGAAAUUGAUGAGUUAUUGCAACAGAAAUUUGAUUCUCCUUUAUCUAACAGUCAUUCGCAAGAUAGCAUAAAUUUUGAUGACAUUUCUAUACGCGAUCAAGAGGAAGCAGUGAUAAUCAAACAUGCACAGGCCGAGAUUUUGAAAACCAUCAAAAUUCCAGAAGAAGUUAAAAGUUCCAAAACGGACGAAAUUAUUCGAAAAAUUGAAGAUGGUAAACUAAAACUUGGGGACGAUUACAUAACUACAAUUAAAACCAUCGACUAUCUUAAGCAGUCAAAUGCCAAUCUAUCCGCUACAUUAUCUUCUAUUGAAAGCUCUAUCAAAGCAAUCGAUGGACUCUGUGAUCAUGACUCGGAUAUUCAGUCCAAUCGAAUCAACGAUACUAUAGACAAUCUAGAAAAGUCCUUGAAGCAAUUUGAUAACAUAAAUUCAGAACCUCCACUUGUGAUGGUUCAUGAUUAUUCCACGAACUCGCAUGAGAGCCGUUGUAGACCAGCUGCAACCAAUAGACCAAGUAGACCGCGUAAACGUAAGGAGUAUUCUCCGAGACGAAAGAAAGAGAAGGAUCGUGAUGGAAAACCUCACAGCGCAUACCGAAUAGAGCCAGAAUAUUCCGAAUAUUCCUCAGAUAACCAGUCAGCUGAUAGGGAAUCUCCAAAAACCUAUACUUAUCACUCGUACUACAGCACUUCUCCUCCCACAACACCAAGAAGUAUUUCUCCCGUAAAAAAGAGUACAGAGCCAAUGGAAGUUAUGCGACCAUCAUCAUUCAAAAGCAUAUCGCAUGAUCGGUACCUCCUACAACGAGAAACCCCACUCAUAAAAUUCGAUAAAUCUCCAUCAUCACCAAUAAUCAAUAAAUCAUAUCUCGAGUCAUUAAAACCGGCAACCCUGAUCGCCUCGGGACGCACUACAAGAUCAGCUGAGAACUCUCCGCCCUUUCAUCAGCAGCAACCACAGCCUGCUUUUCCUGCAAUAGCUCCUAACCAAGUAGGCGGAUCCCACGCAAGUUCCCUUUUAAGGCAUCAAAUCGGGCACGAUGGGGAGCAUUCUCACAUAAAAAGUUGUGAAAAUCUUCUAAUGCGUUUCGACUACAAAAAUAUAUCGGCCAUAGCUGCCAGUUUCCCGGUGUCCAGUGGUGCCCUUUCACCGUCGCCAACGAAAUUCCGUAGUCUGGAUUUUAAGCAUGAUGCUGCGCUGAAUUUCAGUCUAACAUCGUCGCCAAAUAAAACAUUGAAUUAGACGUAAUGUGUGUAAGUCAGUUGUAAUGUAAACAAAAAACUGUUUCCUCUGUGAUAUAUGAAUAGCUAUUAGAAUUUACGUGCCGCAUGGAGUUUCAAUUUUAAACAAAUCGGUUAUAACUGGGCGACGAUAGGUUAAUUCAAAAGUUUAAAUGUAUGCAUACAAAGACAGAUUCAGCAGUUGAUUUGUUUGGUUGACGAUGAUCAGUCUCAAAACUUUUAGUCCAUUCCAUGGAAUGAUUUUAGGACACGUUAUUUUUUAUAAGGAAAUCUUAAAAUUUACACGACAAAAAAUGAGAAUUUGUCCAGUUAUAUACAGCCCCCAUUAGGCAAAACUAUAAAAUUCACUGACAAUCUUCAAACAAAAUUUCAAAAUUGAUCAUUUUUACCACAUACAAACAGGCGUAACACUGAUGAAGUUUCCAUCGAUAAUGCUUUAAAGGGUCGUUUUUUAUAUCCCAUGUUUCAUACUUCACAACCAGAGACACAUACAUUGUUUUUUUUUUCUUUGUGUUAAAAUUAAACACUACACGCAAAUAAAAUUUGUUGUGCAAACUACCGAAUCCAUUGUAAAAUUAAAAACUGCAAAAAUGUCUAUUAUUCUUAUUAAUCCACUACAAUAUACCGGACUGUAUU